AUGGAUUCACAGGAGACCGAAUUGAACCUACCUUCUGGUAAAUCCAGGAAGUAUGUCUUCGAGGCGACGGCCAAUGGGAGUAGAAACAACGAUAGUAAGAGUACCAACCAUUUUGGUCUCAGCAGAGCGCGUUUACGGCCAUUAUUCCGUUGCAUCGUUGCCGGCGGGCAGCUGCGCAGCGCGACAAAAAUCCAGCUGCUUCGCACAACUGCUCUGCACGGGACUGAUAGUAGCGGCUCGGCUUGGAGUAGUGGCUCUGCGCCCUCACGCUUGUGCCGUUAUGGUGGUGCCGCUGCCGGUGCGAUCUGGCCCAGGGCUGACAGCACCCCCGUGCACGCUCACCUUCACGCACGCACGCACGCACCCACAACGCACACUCGCAUUCAUUCGCACGCGCCUAUGAUCGAUUGGGAAAGACCGUGCAGUGUGUCCCACAUAUUGGGCUCACCAGCUUUUGUGUACGCACUCGUGCGUGCAUGUCCCAGAAAUUUCAACCAAUUAGCGUCGUGA